GAAGCUCUCCAACAUCAACAUGAGCAAAAAUCCAAAAACUUCAUCAUCAACAAAAUUCUCAGAUAAAAACCCAAGACAAUUGAAGAUGGUCGGAAUUGGGGUUCCAAUUUGCGUGGAAUGUGGGACGAGGAGCAACCCUUGCCGGUGCAAGGUGGUGGGGCCGACACUGGGGUUUGUGGCGUUUGCGGCGGCGGCGGUAGUUGAGUGGCCGGUGGGGGCUCUUGUCUAUUGCUUUCGCCAUGCAAAGGGUCGUAAAAUUAUGGGUCAUCCCGCUUCCGUCAUAUACCCUUCAGUCACCAAUGCCAUCCCCAUCUAAUCAACUUUGUAUUAUUAUAAUUAAAUAUCUGUAUAAAAUUGUAGCUUAAUCAGAUUUUAUGAAUGAUACCUUAAUAGGAUGAUACUUCAUCAUCAUAAUACAAAUUAUAAAAUACUUGAACAUCUUUU